GCGUCCACCAUACCGCACACGUGUCAUCUUCUUCCUCUCCCCUGCAUCCCAUUUGCACUUCCCCUAUCUUCUUCUCUCCCCAUAAAAAUCUCAACUUUACUUCUCCACUUCAGAUUAAACACCUCCAUCUCUCUCGAAACCACAACAAUGGCUUCCCAGCAAGAAAAAACCUUCAACAACAUCUCCAACGAAGAAGAGCAUGGCCACCAAGGCCAAGAAGCAACCACCAUAUCUCCAGAAGAACUAGGACCAUACAGAGCCACGGCACAGCAAAACUCCAUUGACGCCAUCAAAGCUGCCGAAGACCGCUAUGCCAAAGCCAAGGAAUCCGGCACCACGGCUUUUCAACAAACCAAAGAGGCCGUCGUCCAUGGAGUCGGUGCCGGAACUAAUUACCUCGCCGGAAAGGGAUAUCAGGCGGCGGAUUACACGGUGGAGAAGGGAAAGCAGGGGUAUGAGUAUGCAAAGGAGACGGCUAUAGCCGCCACGCAGAAGACGGCUGAGCUCGCAAAGCAGGCGGCAGUGAAGGCCAAAGAUGUUACCGUUAGUAGUGGAGAGACUGCAUGGAAUUAUGCGACGGGCAAAACUGGGGAGGUAAAGGAGGCAGCUUUGGAGGCAGAAGGAAGAGAAGAGGAGACCGGUGGUGUUAAGGAGAAGCUUGGGGAGCGAGUUGAAGAGGACAAGAACAAGGUCGGCGAGAGUUUGUUCGGAGAAGUGGAGAAGGAAGAGGGGAAGGGAGGAGUAAAGAGAGGAGGGGAGGCAGGGCUGUGAAGAGCAGGAUUUGAAUGAGUGGGUGAUGGCGAUGGAAGACGACUGGACAAAAAAGAUUGAAGCUUGAUUUUCUUUUCUUCUUAGUCGUUUUUUGUGUUUUAGGGUUUGAAAGUGUUUGAUGAUGUUUAGUUUUGAUGAAAGAGAGUGUUUUGCUUUGUUGUUUUUUUUCAAUUAUAUGUGAUGUGCA